CAGCUCGGGGCGAAGGGGGAGGAGUCCCCGCGUGCGUCCUUCGUCUUGAGUGAAUCACGUCACUCCCUCGCGCGCUCCCCGCACACUCACAGAUUACCGGGUCUGGAGGUUGUUGGAAGAUGCCGCUGGAGAGGUGACCGCCGCCGGGGCUGCCGAGGCUCACCGUCCAGCCGGCGGGACUCGACCUAAAAAACCGCCGUUUGGAAAUGUGAAGGAUAUCCUCGCGGAGGCGACUGAAGAAGAUAGUAGCGCUUAUUAUAUCGCGAGGUGUUGAAAGAAGGAGGAGGAGGAGGGGGGAGGGACGGCCGAGGAUAAGAGGAUAAAGGAAAAAGGGAAAUCGAGCUAUAUUUAAGCGGACUAUUACGGCGCGAGCAUGGGCAGCGGCGCGGAUGAAAGCACGGUGCGCGUGGCCCUGAGGAUCCGUCCUCAGUUGGCCAAAGAGAAGAUCGAGGGCUGCCACAUCUGUACGUAUGUGAUGCCCGGAGAGCCACAAGUGGUUCUGGGUAAGGACAAGGCCUUCACCUACGACUAUGUCUUCGACAUGGACACUCAGCAGGAAGCCAUCUACACCCACUGCACGGAGAGGCUCAUCGAGGGUUGCUUCGAGGGCUACAACGCCACCAUCUUCGCAUAUGGGCAGACAGGAUCUGGAAAGACCUUCACCAUGGGGACGGGCUUUGACGUCAACAUCGGCGAGGAGGAGCUGGGCAUCAUUCCUCGAGCCGUCAACCACCUGUUCAGAGGCAUUGAGGAGCGCCGGCAGGCCGCCACUGAGCAAGGCAGACCCGUUCCCGAGUUCAAGAUCAACGCACAGUUCCUCGAGCUCUACAACGAAGAGGUUCUGGACCUGUUUGACUCCACUCGAGAAUUGGAGGCCCGGAGGCAGAAAUCCGGCAUCAAAAUCCACGAAGACGCCAACGGGGGCAUCUACACCGUGGGGGUCACCACCCGCACCGUCACCUCCGCCGCUGAGAUGAUACAAUGUCUGAAGCUGGGCGCUCUGUCUCGUUCCACCGCCAGCACCCAGAUGAACGUCCAGAGCUCGCGCUCUCACGCCAUCUUCACCAUCCACCUGUGCCAAGUCCGAGUCUGCUCCCCGGAUAACAAUGAUAACGCGACAGAUAACCGGCUGGCCAACAAUUCAGAGAUCAAUGAGUUUGAAACUCUGACAGCUAAGUUCCACUUCGUGGACCUGGCUGGUUCUGAGAGGCUGAAGAGAACCGGAGCAACAGGAGACCGGGCCAAGGAGGGGAUCUCUAUCAACUGUGGACUUCUUGCUCUGGGAAACGUCAUCAGCGCUCUGGGAGACAGAGGCAAGCGCUCCACACAUGUGCCUUACAGAGACUCCAAACUGACCCGGCUGCUGCAGGACUCUCUGGGGGGAAACAGCCAAACAGUGAUGAUCGCCUGCAUCAGCCCGUCAGACCGGGACUUCAUGGAGACCCUGAACACCUUAAAGUACGCCAACCGGGCCCGGAACAUUAAGAACAAGGUGGUGGUGAACCAGGACAGAGCCAGCCAGCAGAUCAGCGCCUUGAGGACAGAGAUCGCACGGCUGCAGAUGGAACUGAUGGAGUACAAGACGGGCAAACGCAUGGUGGGGGAAGACGGCGUGGAGGGAAUAAACGACCUGGUGCACGAGAAUUCCAUGCUGCAGACGGAAAACAACAACCUGAGAGUGAGAGUGAAAGCCAUGCAGGAGACCAUCGACGCCCAGAGGGCCAGGCUGACCCAGCUCCUCAGUGACCAGGCCAACCAGACUCUGGCUAAAGCAGGAGAAGGCAGUGAAGAAAUUGGAAACAUGAUCCAGAACUACAUUAAAGAAAUCGAGGAGCUCAGGGCCAAACUUCUGGAGAGUGAAGCCGUGAGCGAGAACCUGAGGAAGAGUCUGUCCCGGGCCUCCACGCGCUCCUCGCUGUUCGCCAGCCCCGGAUCGUUCUCCGCCGCCCUCCUGGCUCCUGAGAAGGAGGCCAACGACAUCAUCGAGAUGGCGAAGAAAAGCCUGGAGAAGCUCAAGAAGAUGGAGAAGAAGAAGAAGAAAAGACUGAGGCAGCAGGAGGAGAGUGAGCUCCGUGAGGCUCAGGCGGCCAGCGCCGUCAAAGAGGAAGUCCCAGACAAUGAUCAGGAACGAAUCAGCGAGGAGGCAGACGUAGAGGGGAGCGACCAUGAAGAUGGCGAUGACGACGGAGAUGAGGAAGACUCCGACGUGGCAGGAGAAGAGAGCUCCGAUGAGUCGGAUUCUGAAGAACUGGACGAGAAAGAGAGCGUCCAAGCCGACCUGGCGAACAUCACCUGUGAGAUCGCCAUCAAGCAGAAGCUGAUAGACGAGCUGGAGAACAGCCAGCGGCGCCUGCAGACGCUCAAGCAGCAGUACGAGCAGAAGCUGAUGAUGCUGCAGAACAAGAUCAAGGACACGCAGCUGGAGAGGGACAAAGUGCUGCACAACAUGGGCUCAGUGGAGUCGGGCUCAGAGGAGAAAGCCAAACGGAUCAAGGCGGAGUACGAGAGGAAGCUGAGCUCCAUGAACAAAGAGCUGCAGAAGCUGCAGUCGGCGCAGAAGGAGCACGCCCGUCUGCUGAAGAACCAGUCGCAGUACGAGAAGCAGCUGAAGAAGCUGCAGCUGGACGUCACUGAGAUGAAGAAGACCAAAGUGUCACUAAUGCGCCAGAUGAAGGAGCAGCAGGAGAGGAGCAGGGCCGCCGAGUGCAAGAGGAACAGAGAGAUCGCCUCCCUGAAGAAGGAUCAACGAAAAGCAGAGUUUCAACUGAGGCAGCUGGAGGCUCAGAAGCGGCAGCAGGAACUGAUUCUUCGCCGGAAGAACGAAGAGGUGACCGCGCUGCGGCGGCAGGUGAGACCCACGUCUGGGAAGGUGAGCAGGAAGGUCAGUCUCCCCGACCCCCUUCAGGAACCGUCCCAAAGGGGAAUACCUCCGAGGCCGUCAUCGUCGGGGGCAACCACCGCUAACGGCGCCAGGAGUUCUCCAGUGCGGGUAGGGAGCACCAGGACCGCCAGGACUAAAUGGCAGUCUCUGGAGAGGCGCGUCAGUGACAUCAUCAUGCAGAGGAUGACCAUCUCCAACAUGGAGACGGACAUGAACCGUCUGCUGAAGCAACGGGAGGAGCUGACCAGACGGAGGGAGCGCGUGUCCAGGAAGAGGCAGAAAAUGGCCACCGACGGCGCCGACGCCGACCGCUCUUUGACGUCCAUGAACGAGGAGCUGGAGUCUCUGAGCGCCAACAUCGACUACAUCAACGACAGCAUCGCUGACUGUCAGGCCAACAUCAUGCAGAUGGAGGAGGCCAAGGAAGAAGGAGACACGGUGGAUGUGACUGCUGUCAUCAGCUCCUGUAACUUAUCGGAGGCUCGUUUUCUUCUGGAUCAUUUCAUGACGAUGGCCAUCAACAAGGGUCUACAGGCGGCCCAGAAGGAGUCCCAGCUGAAGGUGAUGGAGGGCCGGCUGAAGCAGACGGAGAUCAACAGCUCCACGCAGAACCAGCUGCUGUUCCACAUGCUGAAGGAAAAAGCCGAGAUCAACCCAGAGCUGGACGCCCUGCUGGGCAGCGCCCUGCAAGGCGCUGAGAACGGAGACGACAGCAGCAGCGAUGAGUCCACGCCAAGCCCCGCCUCCGACGGCAGCUCUCUGACAUCAGACCUCAUGAAGUUAUGUGGUGAAACCAAACCAAGAAACAAGGCUCGACGGCGGACCACCACCCAAAUGGAGCUGCUCUAUGCCAGCAGCGGGGAUCUGUCCUGCGACUCCCCAACUGGAGACUUCUCGGGUCCUCUUCUGCCCCUCACAGAGUUCCCUGAAGGGCCCGCAGACAAGCAGGGUCAGCCCCCCACCCGCGAGCCAACCGUUUCCCCAUCUGUGCUGUCUGCCAGACCGGCUGGGGUUUCUGGAUCCAGAUCGCCUACAGGGAUCAAGAGGGACCUGUUGGAACGUUCGCCCCUCAACCGGAGAAAGAUGCAAGAGAAAGGGCUGCCGGUGUCGCACAUCCCAACACCGACACAGACGCACACAGCAGAACCCAGAGCCAAAGCCUCAGAUUAUAAAUCUUUGUUGGAGGAAUCUCCUGUUUUUGAAGGCCACAGCGGUAGAGCGGUCGACCUCCGAUCGGAAAAUCACAGAGGUGUGAUCAAUCCUGUGACGGCGCCCAAGAACAGCCGGUCUAGAAUUCAGUGCCUGCAUGUGGCUGAGGGACACACCAAGCCCGUGCUGUGUGUUGACGCCACAGAUGACCUCCUCUUCACGGGCUCUAAAGAUCGAACGUGCAAAGUGUGGAACCUGGUGACCGGUCAGGAGAUCAUGUCUCUGGCAGAUCAUCCCAGCAGCGUCGUCUCAGUCAGGUACACCUCCAGCAUGGUGUUCACCGUUUCCUCCGCUUACAUCAAAGUCUGGGACAUAAGAGAUUCGGCAAAGUGUAUCCGCACGCUCACGUCGUCCGGACAAGUCGCAGCAGGAGACACCUGCUCCUCCGCUAGAAGUCUAUCCGUCCCACCUGGAGAGAGUCAGAUCAGCCAGAUUGCCCUCAACGCGUCUGGCUCCUUCCUGUACGCUGCCGCCGGGAACGCCGUCCGCAUGUGGGACCUCCGAAAGUUUGCGUCCACAGGGAAGCUGACGGGGCAUUUGGCGCCCGUGCUGUGUCUGAGCGUGGAGCGGCUGAGUCACGGGCAGGACGCCGUGCUCACCGGCUCCAAGGACUGUCACCUCAAAAUGUUUGAAGUGGCAGAGGGAGCUCAGGGGAGCGUCACCCCCAGCCAUACUUUUGACCCCGCCCACCAGGACAGCGUGGAGUCUCUGGCCGUACACGGAGACGUUUUCUACAGCAGCUCCAGAGACUGUUCCAUCCGCAAGUGGGACUUAGCCAGCAAAAAGCUUUUACGGGCAGUCAGUGCUCAGCCGGACUGGGUCAGUGUUCUGGGGAUAGUGCCAGGCUCUCUGGUGCUCCUCAGCGGCUGCAGGGGAGGGCUGCUGCGCCUUUGGCACGCCGACUCCAUGGCGUCUCUGGGUGAGGUCCAAGGACACGACAGCCCCAUCAACGGCCUGGCCUCCAACAGCACUCAUCUGUUCACAGCCUCAGAUGACCGCACAGUGAAAAUCUGGGAAGCUGCUGCGUCUUUAGAGGAUCACUGACAGCUGAUGAAGAACUACUGCAUUGUUUCAAACUCCUGACUAUGCACAGAUGAAGUGUUACUGUGAAAUCCCAAAGACUCUCUGUAUACAUGACGUUUCUCUGCUGAAUGAAAGUACCUUAAAUCAUUAAUGUUUAAAAAAAAAAAAAAAGUCAUCAGAAACAAAACACUGGAUUCCGCUUCUUUUGUUCAGGUUGAACUAAUACUUUUAGGUCAAAAAAAGAUCAUUCUUGACUGAAAACUGAGAGAUGUUUUGAUCUCUGAGCCAUUAACUCACAUUGUCCCCUAAAUUUAAGGUGGAAAAUUUCACCAUCAAAGAGAUUUGUUUCAUGCUGCUCUGGUUUGUUUAAUCUUAAUCAAGUCUUGAAAGUUUGUCUAUGUUUUUACCUGUUUGUCGUGUUUUUUCUCUGCUGCUCCUUUAGCUUUUCCAGUGCCUGCUGUCAUUUUUGAAGAAUUAAAAGUAGAAAAAAAGAAAAAAAAAGGAAAUCGAUCAUUCGAUUAUUCAAUUUUUACAUUUGGACUCAGGGUUGCUGGAGCCUAUCCCAACCACUGUUGGGCAAAGGCGAGGAUUGCCAGUUCACCACAGGAAAAAAAACUUUAAUUUUUAGAAUUUAGUUUAAUUUUGAUUCAUAUAAAUUUACUGAGGGUUUAAAAUGGAUUUAAAUUGUAAAUGAAUUUACAGCCUUUUCAUUUUGCUAAGUAAUUGGACUCAGUUUGAGCAGUUCCUGUUCACCAAACUAGCAACCAAGAACAUUAGAAAUACCCGUAUAAUUUCUUGUUUAAGAUUUAACCUUCUAAUUUUCCGGUUUUGAUGUGAUAAACCUCUUUGAAUUGUUUGACCUUUGACCUCAUACAGCACAGGACACUUGGACUUUUAAAGUCCAGCUGUAGUUUCACUUUUUGAGGAUUAAAAACAGUUUUUCCAACCAACAUAAUGACAACAAAUCUCCAUUUUUGUUCUUUUUUGUAUUUCUAAAAUGCACAAAUGCUGGAGUUCCAUUCAGUUCUGUAAAUGUGUCUUUAUUUAUUCUUCCAUUGUUUAAUUGCAUCAUCUCUAUCAGUGUUUGACUGUGAACUUUUUCCAUCCGAAUCAUAUUGUUUGUGUGACAGACACACAAAAUGUGUGUUUGUGGUGGUGCCUCAACUCAAUCCUUAUUCCUUUUUUUAAUGAUGAGAUUUAAUCUGAUUAUAUUUCAGGCUAAAAUAGUCACCAUAUCGAUAAAGCUGCAAACAGUUUUAGUCCCAACAACAAAAAAGCUGCAAAAACAUCUUUUUCUAAUGUGAGUUGUAUCUUAUUUUGAAAGGGUUACUGUAAAUAUGUUCUUCCUGUUUUAGCUAACUGACAUGUUUGCUUAAGUGUGGAAAUAAAUGGUUAAUAAUAAUAAAAUA